UUGCUGAAACACUCAACGCCGUCUUCUUCUUUGAGUUCGGCAUCGAUCUCCGUACACGUUGAAAGCGGUCUGUUUACAUUUUUCGACAUCAAUUGGAAAAAUUUUGAUAAAAACAAAAAAUAAACCUAUCUAAUGUCACGGAAAAUACCCGACAGAUGGCUGGACUAUACAGCGGUUGGUGAUCGCAUUGAGGGUACGAGAUUUAUUGCCUUUAAAGUCCCCCUGAAACCGCAACUUACUGAUGCAGACAAUCGUUUCGAUGGAAAAAUUCUAUUGGAAAAAGUACCCAAUUUGGGUAUAAUUAUUGAUCUAACCAAUACCAAUCGUUAUUAUGAUCCAAGACAGUGCUUUGAGAAUGAGGGCGUUAGACACCAAAAGUUAAUGAUUCCCGGUCAUGUUACUCCACCGCAAAGACUAGUUGAUAAAUUUAAAGAAUAUGUAAAGGAGUUUUUACAAAAUAAUCCAGAUAAUGACAAACUAAUUGGGGUCCAUUGUACACAUGGUGUAAACCGAACCGGAUUCCUAAUCUGUAAUUAUAUGGUAUCGGAGAUGUCCAUUGCUCCCAACGAUGCCAUAGAAAAAUUUGCAAAAGCCCGUGGUCACAAAAUUGAAAGACACAACUAUUUGGAUGCCUUACAAAGGAUAACGGGUGAUCCAGAUGAUACUAAUGAUACUUCUAAUACUGAGACAACUGCCUUACCAAUGCCUACCUCCCCUGCAAAUGCUAACAAUAGACAAAGUCAUCAUAGUCCUGAACGCAGCAGUUGGAAAAACACUACUGAAAGAGACAGAGUUGUUGAAAACUUGGAUCGGAGAAAUGCAAAUUAUCAUAGAAAUGUAAAUGAUAGACCGCCACCUCCAAAAAUGCCUCGUCGCUUCAAUGAUGCCAAGCGCGGAAGACGUUACCGUGAUAAGAACGAGGGACAAUCUCAUCGCCGUCCAAAGAGUGGUUUUCAAAAUUUUGAAUUUCGCGGACUCAGUGCAAUAACAUAUGGCAUUAAUGACAAUGGGAGUUCCUCCCAUGGCCGAACCGCUCACCCAAUGUAUGGUUAUCCAAAUGGGCCAAACAAUAGCAACAGCAGCAGCAGCAGUCAUAUCAGUCGUUUUGAAAUUGAUCGAUCUCGCAAUAAUGAUCGUUACCAUAGUAAUAGCUAUUCCCGUGAAAGACCUGACAGUAAGAAUCGUUCAUAUGCCAGAGAUAGGGGCGAGAGACAGCGUUCCAUCUCAGCUGGACGUAGGCAAGGUUCACACCCCACAAACAGUUCAUAUCAAAAUCGUCGGUAGUGUUAAAGGAAGUUAGGAAAACACCCCCCAUUUUGUGGAGUACAAAAACAAAA